UAAGAUGAGUGUUAAUGAAGGUUUCAGCAUGGAUGAUGAGUAUAUGGAUGACGAAGAUCCACUUCCAGGGUUUCGCUUCCAUCCCACCGAUGAAGAACUUGUUAGUUUCUAUCUUCGAAGGAAGCUUGACAAGAAACCCUUCAGUAUUGAACUCAUCAAACAGAUUGAUAUCUACAAAUACGAUCCUUGGGAUCUUCCAAAAGCUAGUGGUACUGGAGGAGAGAAGGAGGGGUACUUCUUUUGCAAAAGAGGGAGGAAGUAUAGGAACAGCAUAAGGCCUAAUAGAGUGACUGGCUCUGGAUUCUGGAAAGCAACUGGCAUAGACAAACCAGUGUACUCACAUGGAGGAGAAGGUGAUGAUUGCAUUGGACUCAAGAAAACACUUGUAUACUACCGUGGCAGUGCAGGCAAAGGCACCAAAACUGAUUGGAUGAUGCACGAGUUUCGCCUUCCCUCCAAUUCUGACACCAACAUAAACUUUGCCAAUGCCAAGAACAAUGCAGAUAUUCCCCAAGAAGCUGAAAUUUGGACAUUGUGCAGAAUUUUCAAAAGAAAUGUUUCACAAAGAAAACAUAUACCAGACUUGAAACAAAUAGCUGCUAAGCGUCAUUCAAUGCAUGAUAAAAACACCAUAAUGAGCAGUGUGGAGUUUAACACUAAUCAAGAAGGAUAUAUCAAUUUUGGUGGCCAUUAUCACAAUCAGAAAACAGUUAUUAACUACACAAGCAGUGAUCAAUGGAAUCAGUUUCAUGUAGGUGAUCAGUUGAGUUCUCCAGUGGAACAGCAACCUCAACAAACUGCACCAGCUUCUAACUUCUGGAUUAACCAGGCUAUGAACGAUUUCUACACUUUUGAUAACUGGGAUGAGCUUGGAUCAGUUGUGAAGUUUGCUGUUGAUUCGUCUAGCUUUCAAAUAAGCAUGUAAUUUUAGUUGAGUUGAGUAGUUAGCAAUUAGAAUGGAAUAUACAUAUUUAUAUAUAUAGGAGUGUGUUUGUGUUUAGAUAUAUUGAU